GGCCGCUGCGAGAGCGGCGCGCUUAUGCACAGUUUCGGCAUCUUCCUGCAGGGGUUGCUCGGCGUCGUGGCCUUCAGCACGUUGAUGCUCAAGCGCUUCAGAGAACCAAAGCACGAGAGACGGCCGUGGAGGAUAUGGUUUUUAGACACUUCCAAACAAGCCAUAGGAAUGCUGUUCAUCCACUUUGCAAAUGUGUACCUAGCAGAUCUCACUGAAGAGGACCCUUGUUCACUGUACCUCAUCAACUUCCUCCUGGACGCCACCGUGGGCAUGCUGCUCAUCUACGUGGGGGUGCGCGCCGUCAGCGUCUUGGUGGAGUGGCAGCAGUGGGAGUCCCUGCGAUUUGGCGAAUAUGGUAAUGUAGCGCGGACAUUGGGUGGGGGUCUUGGGGGGGAGGGGCACCCUGCUCCUUGCCCCGGUCAGCUCUCCAGGCCAGUGGAUUUGAAGGUUCAGGAGCUGGUUUCUGUCUCCUCUGUGUGGUGGUGGGGCUGGUUCUGGGGCCUGAACACCAUGCCCUGGCUAGUGUCAGUGCCACCCAUCUGAGGCGUGAAGGUGUGCACACCACUGCCACUUGAUGGCAGGAGCCGAGAGACCUGAGACACAGGGAGGUCCGCCGGAGGGCACCGCUCGCACUCCCUGCAGGCUCUAAGGCUACCCCGCUCUGCCAGGCUUCUCACCGAGCCCACACGACCUGCCCCCCUCGUUAGAGAAAUGGGGACGGCUCUCAGUUCGGGAGGAGGUCGGUAGGAAGGUGGCCCUCUGCUGCUGCGUGUCUGUGCUUGUCCUGUCAUUGGGCCGUCUCGCUACAGGGGCUGUCCAUCCCCCACCCCAGGGCCAAGUUGCCUUACUGUCUCCUGACUGGAGGCUGGCUCCCCACCAGCAUCGGGCGCGUGCAGUCACCAGGAACCAUCCUCACUCGCCUUAAAACAGGUGA